AUGGAUGAUGACAAUAAAAAUGUUAAUAAUGAAAAUUUAAAGCCUAUUAAUGAAAAAGAAGACUUCCGUUUUACCGUAAAAAUUGAAGAGGACAACACACGGAAAUUUGCAUCAAAAAAAGACGACAAUAAUACUGGUAUAAUAACAAAUGAACUCGAUGAAAUCAAUACAGGUGAUAUGAAAUUCAAUUUCAAUUCACCAUUAACACAAAAAAUUCUCUUGAUUAUGUCUGCAUUGAGUCUAGUUAAUGUUGGAACCUGGAUUGCUUGUGCUCUUUUAUUUCGUAAUUAUCCCGGACAAAUGGGAACUGCAGCAUUAGCAUACACAUUAGGACUUCGUCAUGCAGUUGAUGCUGAUCAUUUAGCCGCGAUUGAUAACGUUACCCGUAAAUUACUUCAAUCCGGGAACAGACCAGUUGCAGUUGGACUAUUUUUCUCGCUGGGCCACUCAACAAUUGUGAUAAUAACAACAAUUGUACUUGCUGCCACCGCAACGGCAUUUGAAGAUAGAUUUGGUAACAUUGGCGAGACCGGAGGUUUAAUUGGCGCUUCGGUUUCUGCAACGUUUCUUUUCGUAAUCGGUAUUAUGAAUUUGAUCGUGUUCAUCUCGAUAUAUCGGUCUUUUAGACACCUCAAAAAAACCGGUUCUUAUAAAGAAGAAAACAUUAAUGAUAUCCUUAAUAGAAAUGGAUUACUUGGUAGAUUCUUUUCACCAAUUUUCAGAUUCAUUGACGCAAGUUGGAAAAUGUAUCCACUCGGAGUGCUAUUCGGAUUCGGAUUUGACACAAGUACCGAAGUUGGGUUACUCGGAAUUUCAGCAUUUCAAGCUUCCCGAGGAUUUCCUAUCUGGCUGAUUUUAUUCUUUCCAUUGUUGUUCACCGCUGGAAUGGCAUUAAUCGAUACCAUUGAUGGCAUUUUAAUGUUGGGUACUUAUACAUGGGCAUAUAUCAAUCCGGUUCGUAAAAUAUAUUAUAAUCUAGUGGUUACCUUCCUUUCAAUUGCCGUGGCAUUCUUGAUUGGUGGAAUUGAAUUAUUGAAUAUUAUUAGCGAAAAAGCAAAUUUGAGUGGUCCAUUUUGGGACUUUUUUUCUAACUUGGGAGAUGAUUUUGGCACGAUCGGUUAUAUUAUUUUAGGGCUAUUCAUCCUUACUUUUAUUUUGGCUAAAGUAUACUAUAAAUUGGCCGGGUAUGAUAAGAUGGAAGAAAAUUUCGAUGCACGAAAAAUAGCAGCUACCGCUGCUGCUGAAGGUUCUGAUUCGUCGAUUAAUGAAAAUGACAAAAAUUCAAUUGGCGUAAAAAAUGACGGACAUGUAGUUGAAAUUAGUGUGGACGCUAGUGAUUGA